AUGCUCGGAGUUGACCGCCAGCACAUUUUAGAUUCGAGCGACUGGAUCUCAACCGACAAUGAACACCCGGUUCGGUACAUUGAAGCAUGGAGGCAUGCAGAGCCGGUCGAGGGGGACGAGACGGCAGGACUCAUGGCCCAAGGAGAGCUUCAAGACGCCGAGGCAAAUGACUGGCUUGUCCAAACAGGCAGCUUUGCGAAGCGCGACAGUAAAGAAAUCGGGAGCCCCAAGGAGGCUACCAGGUUGGUGAUCUGCGAGCGGUAUGGCUGGAAGCCUCUCGGAUUUGAAAUGAGCCAGGAUUCAUUUCUGGCAAUCGAAUCAAGCUUCCGCUUGCCUCCCGAGACCCUCUCCAUACUCAACAGCGAUGGCGGGCAGUAUCACUACGCCCUCGAGAGAAGCAGGUUCGAGAGCGCGAACACGGUCAGGUCAAUGACAAUCAUCGUCAAGCUCCCGCAAAUGUUCCAGCUGGGGAACUGGGGGCUUGCCCUGUCGCACUCGUUCGACACGAGUACCACAUCAGCGUUCUUACACGGCUGGAAUGUCCUUUCCGACUACCACCCCGUGACCAGAGAACGGGUAGUGCCCGCCCAGGAGAGGAUCGGACCGCUCAUUUACUCGGCGAUAGGGUCCUGCGGCCGGCCAACCCUGCUGCCGAUCAUCCUGCUCAAGGAGCAUCUGUCCCGCAUCAACCUAUUCAUGGGAGAGCUCGAGUCCACAGCCACGGCGAUCGAAUCGACGUUCAAGGUCACCAAGUCGGGAAGGCUAGCGAAUAGCGAGGGCGGGCCACUGGAGCUGAUGAAGCUCAUGGCGAACGAGGAGGAGCGGACGAAACUAACGACACUCUUGAACACGACAAUGACGGAUACCGUCAAUCUCACGUGCGUCAUAAAGUGGGACCGCCGGUACUGCAAGUUUCUCAAAGAGCUGCACGGCGUGAUACGGACCUUUGACUCUGAAAGCUCUUCGCAAGUCGGCGAAAGCGAGCUGGAGAUCAUUCUCAGACACCUCGAAUGCGAUCUCGAGUCGGCCUUUGAGUAUGUCGAGUCAAUAGCUGCGCGGCUCAACUUGCAGCUCACAGUGCUGUACAAUCUCGUUGCGCAGGCGGAGAACGACCUGACGGCUCGAAUGACGGCAGCUACCGGACUCGACAGCGCGGCCAUGAAGACGCUUGCCUUUGUCACGACUGUUUUCUUGCCGCCCACUUUCAUCGCCACACUGUUCAGCAUGUCCAUGUUCGACUGGCAGGCCGGCUCUACCUCGCCAUCAUCUCCAGACGGGGGCGGCUUAGACGGCUAUGUCGUGCGGGCCUUUUGGGUCUACUGGGCCGUCAGUGUGCCGCUGACCAUUCUUGUGCUCGUCGGCUGGCGCGUCUGGUGGCAUCACCAGAGAUCGCAAUAUGCACGCCAGUACCAGCACAGGACGCAAACCAAGGAGGGGUCCAAGAUUGCCUCGGAAGCGAAACUGAAGAAAGGUUGGGCCAAGUACCUCCGUAGGAGGAGAGUGGAGCCAGACUAUUAG